CAUCAAGUUGCAGUCUAUUUGCAAUGGCGGACAAAUCUCAAAGGAGAUACCCAAAAGGCAGCGUCGCUGAGAUCAUUGCGAAGAAUGGCUCAACCUCCGCCGCCCUUGAGCCGAAAGACAUCAGCACCAUGGGACAGACUACGACCAGUGAAGCAAGAUCCUUUGGAGAGCAUGGGGUUCGUCUCUAAAGGCGACACUCGUCUUCUCGACCCCAAAGCCCAGGAGGGCUUUUAUAACAAGAUUGUUGCUCGUUACAUGCAAUUUUGUACCCGACAUUCGAAAGACCUGGACAGUGCCUUCGCCUCAUUAUCGCUUGAAGAUGAUCCGUCGACUCUUUCGCGCGCUGCCACGCUCCGUCCAGUCACACCUUCAGUCACCCCGGAUCCACGCUCUCUUGCUGCAGUGCAGCCGGACUUGAAUGCGCCUCCAGGUAUUCGGCCAGUCAAUGCGCCAGCACCUUCACCUUCAGCAGAGCUCUCUACGAUCCUCUUGGCACUACGCAAGUUGCGAGAAGGACUGCUUGCCAGCUCCGCAUCAGCACCCUCCCCGGUCUUUUCGCAGCGAGUUCACGUCUUCAAUAUCAGAACAGCAAUACUUGCGUUCCACCCGCAAGGAUAUCACCCUUCGCUUCUACAUUUGCUUUUUACCCUGCACACACCUGCCCAUCCAUUGCCAAAGUCCGAGCUGGUGGAAAUGACAACCUAUCUCAUCCUCGAUACCGCGAUUCGACAAAAUGACCUUUGUCAGGCAUAUGCCAUGAGAUACCACGGCCGAGUCAGGUAUGGAUUCAAGAGCAGAAUGGUUGAUAACAUAUUAAGGGCUGUUGUCAUGGGAGAUUGGGUCACAUUCUGGCGUGUGCGUCAAAAGGUAGACGGUUACGUCCGCGCUAUCUUGCACUGGCACAUUGAGACACAACGCAAGUUGGCUCUGAAAGCCAUUGGACGAUCAUAUCUUGCCUGCGACGUCGAAUAUAUCUUACAAAGUACUAGUGGAGGCGAACUCACCUGGGAAGACCUUGUAAGGAUGGAGGAUGUGGGAUGGAUGCGGGACGGUGACAAGGUAGUCAUCCGCAAGCCGAGGGCCAAGCCCACUAGUUGAUGACGCAAGCACGAACCGAGGAUCUCGUCUGCUCUGAAGCGAUGCUAAAGAUGGCGAGGACCAUGAGCGAAAAGUUCUGGAACAUGCAUGGUGGCUGCAAAAGGCCAAUGCACGUUUCGAAGAUGGGCGUGGCACGGCGUGGUUGAGGG